GAUAUUGGCCAAAAGACUAUAUGGAAAAAAACGUGUGCAUACAUGCACUAUUGUUUACCAACUUUACAAGCCUCGCCUACUCUCUCUUAGAUUAACCACAGAAUUAGUAGUAAAAGAUUGCAGUAAUUUCUACUUUUGGAAUCUCAUAUCAAGAAAACCACUUAUGGAUUACCAGGGAACUAAAAGGGACAUUCAUGUUCCCCACAAUAGGUCUUACAACCAGUAUAUAAAGCCUCACAACACAAGCAACCAAACUCACCAUCUUCACCAGCAACCUGUUUUAAAACUAGUAAUCUAGCAGCAACAAAUUUUGUUCAUAACUCUUCAUAUAAGAGUUACAUAUCAAACAGGGAAAAUGAGCUGGUCAGGAGGAGAUUGGAUGUGUGGUGCUUGCCAACACAUAAAUUUCAAGAAGAGGGAGGCAUGCCAAAAUUGUGGAUAUCCCAAGUUUGGAGGCCCUGACCCUUCAACUUAUAGAUAUCACAGGACGGAAGCAUUGGCCGGAGACUGGUUUUGCACCGGUAUGAACUGUGGAGCUCACAACUAUGCCAGCCGAUCAAACUGCUAUAGAUGUGGUGCAUUCAAAGAUGAUUAUUCUUCUGGAUAUGGAGGGAACAUGGCAGGCUCUGUAGGCUAUGGAUCUGACUGCAGUUUCAUCGCUGAGAUAGUUAAUAAAGACCAUGCAAACAAGAAUCGAAAAUUCUUAGAUGAUUUUUUCUUUUUACCAAGGUACAGUAUCUCAUCUUUAUUUUCUUUAUCCUAUUGCAACAGAAUUGGCUGUGGAGUGCAUAAUUAUGCUAGCAGGACAGAAUGCUUUAAGUGCAAAAUGCCAAGGAAUUUUGGUGGUGCAGACUAA